GCCUCCCUAAGCCGUGAGCGACGCGGGCCGCGGUAGGGAGCGGCCCGAGGCGGGGGCAGCUGCUCGCCCAGGCUGAGGCCUGACGUGCUAGCGAGACAAAACUCCACUGCAUUUUAUUUCGUUCGUGGUUUUUGCAUAGGCUGAAAUUUUGUGGUUGGGUUAAACGCGGGACCUCCACGAAGAGGACCCACUUAUUUUUUUUCUUUCCAAAAUGGCAGCCUCCAGCCGCGCGCAAGUGUUAGAUCUGUACCGGGCGAUGCUGAGAGAGAGCAAGCAUUUCAGCGCCUACAAUUACAGAACUUAUGCUAUCAGGAGGAUAAGAGAUGCCUUCCGAGAAAAUAAGAAUGUAAAAGAUCCUGUAGAAAUUCAGACUCUAGUGAAUAAAGCAAAAAGAGACCUGGAGAUGAUUCGUCGACAGGUCCACAUUGGCCAAAUGUAUGCAACUGACAAGCUUAUCAUUGAGAAUCAAGAGAAGCCCAAGACCUAAAGACCAUCACCACCAGCCACCAUCAGCAACUGUGGACCACCUUCCACAUCCAUUCUGUGCUUGGGAUGGGGGCUCACAACAGACUACGAGUGGCCUCUUGUAUCAACUUAAAACAAUAACCUCUUGCUCAGCCUGCCCUGUAAAAACUGAUAAAUUGAGUGAGGUUUCCAUUCCUCUGCAGCCUUAGUGAAAAAAGGUGGCUGUCUCUCCUUGGUUCAAGUGUUAGAAUGAAGAGCUGGUGCCCACUCAAAUCAAUGCUGUGUAUUAUUGUGUCUCCUCUCUACCCCACCCCUCUUUAAUAGCUAGCUCAUCACCACUUGUGUAGAGCAUCUCCAGAGUUUGUUUCUUAGUCCUUAACAAUAAACAGAAUUGUCUCCCUAAGCUGCUACACCAGAUACACUCAUCCUGAUUAAUGCACUUGCAUUUCCUGCUGCUGCAGGUCCUGCGGAAGGCAGUACGGGGACCAGGAGAGGAGGCUCCAACCCUGAGCUGAGUCCUCCCUUUGUUAAAGCAAGUCCAAGACCAGAAGAGAUUUGGGGGACAGCAGGAAAGAGGGCAAGGGUGAAGGGGUGGAGGGUGCACCCUGCAGCUGACACCUAGGCUCAGCACAACCACAAGGAUGGCAGGUGGGUGGAUACACACCUAGACACAGGGUACUCCACACCCUGGCUUCUCAGAGAGUUCUAAGGAUCAGCACCACCUGGGAGCAGAGUCUCAAGCCCCAGCCCAGCCUUCUGAACCAGAACGGUCCCACUAUCAGUAGAGGUAAUUCCGAUGCACCUGAAGUUCAAGAAGAGCUGCUGUCAGCAACUGCUCCCCAAAGUGGGCCUUCAGAGUUCACCUACUGAGUCAGAAUCUCCUGGAGAUUUUGAGAGGUUUUAAAAAGAAAUUUCUCAGUACUUCCCUCCCCUUGGAUUCUGACUUAGUAAGAGGUGAAGCACAGGAAUUUAAAUUUAUAUGUAUAUUUUUUAAGCUCUCCUAGUGCUUUUAAUAUUUAGUCAGCUCGAGAAACUCGGCUCUUUGAGUAUGCCACAGGUAAAAAAAAAAAAAAUUGUAUGGAUUGAUCCUUGGAAAUAACAUCAGUUCAAAACAUAGGAAGAAGGUAUUAAAUAACUUAUUUGACUUCUGGAGAUUUUAUGAGGGACCCAGACACUGAGUGAUUUUUGGUUUUUGUUUGCGUCUCUUCGUAAACAGUGCUAAGUGAAUUCUUACUGAUGGAUAUAGGUUUGAGACAGGCUCAUAUAAAUAUUUACAGGUUCUAAAAUAGCUGUGACAGUGUCACCGACAUGCCACUGAACUGUCGUCGUCGUCCCCACCCCCAGCCCCCUAUCAUUUUAAUUCACGUGAGUGGAGUGUGAGCAGUCUGGGACCAUCUCACCUAUAGAUUGCAGAUUAAAUAUGUGGUUGUUCUAUUUGGCAAUACAACUUGUAUCUCCAGAAUGCUUUUGCCCAUGGAUAAAUUCUCAUACACCUUUAAGACUAAGCAAUUCUGAGUAGGUCCCAUAGUCUCAGGGCUGCAGUGUGAGAUUAAACAUUCAGCAGACGGCCAAUGUCAGUAAUGUGGGGAAUGUUCUCUCCUCCUUCCUUUGACUACAGUGGGGUUAGAGUCUCCCAGCGAUGUGUGUGGCUCUGACUCACUUUCUACUCUGCGUCAGUAGAGUUUGUGGCUAUUCAGCAGCAACUACAUCCAAGCAGAGGUGCUUGCUAACAGAUGUCACCUCUGACUUAUACUUAAUUAAAGCAACUGCUACAUGGAAACUCCUAAGUCCACAUAUGAACCUCUUCCCCACAAGCCUCAAAUUUCUAGCAGGCUAACAACUCCAUGGGAGAUGUUUUUCUCCAGAUUUUAGUCACAGAGACAGUGGAUCCAGCAAACUUGAUUUGAUCUGCAGGCCUUUAACAGCAGGUGGCUUUUAUGUUAAUUAAAGUACGUGACUGGGCUUGAACAUGCCCAAAGCCUUAAUAAGCAGAGCUAAUUUUUAUAACUCAAAUAAAAUUAACUAUGCAUUUAGAAUCUGUGAAAAGACGUGAAUGAGAAUUAAAUGAUACAAAACAAGGGUCUUUUUCUUCCCUCCAAUUUCAGGUGCAGGCAGUGCCUUGUACAGAGUAUUUCCCAAUCAA